AUGGCAUCCGAGCAGGAAGAGUUAGAGAUCCAAUGGCGCCUUCGUGUCCCAGAGAUCGAGGGACUCUCUGGCACUUUCCGAACCUCCUAUAUUCAUACCCUCCGUGAAAAGUGUGCGAUGAUCGUCGAUGAGGCGGGGAAGCGUUUCGCAAACUCGUUCAUCAUGCUUGACGUGAAUAAAGAUGACGAUGAUGAGCAACUUCCAUAUACUAUGUCAGAUAGAAUUAGCUUAACAGCAGAUGAGCUCCGCCGGGCUACUCAGGAAAGCGAUACAUCGAGACUGGUCCUGCGAAUCAUCUUGCUUCAGUACAACUAUGAGCUCGACCGAGGGUCUACUUCGAACGAUGGGGCGUAUGUCAUUAAAUGGAUGGCAGAAGAACUGGGUGUAUCUCCCUGCUUCUUCGACGGGGCUCUUCGAUCCAGCGAUUCGACGAUUCUCGAACUGGCGCCUCCUAGAGCAGAGUCCCCGUACAAUCUCGAUAUCAAUACACUCAACGGAGUCUACAUCACCCAGAUUACCGGAACCAACACCACCGUUUGGUUCAGCCAUUCGCUUGAUCGAGACUUUUCUUUAUACAUCAUUGACAACUCGCCAAGGACGACCACAGCAAAUAUUCUCAAAGCCGUUGUCAAUCUCCGCCUCCAACCUUUCCUCUCGGUCGAUUCACUAGUAUGCAGCGACGACUAUCUUUUCAAUGAAGUCUACGCUCAAGCGUUCAAGAUGACUUCAGAGGCGCUCCAUAAUCUGAAACCGAUAGACCCUAACGAUGGUUCCCCUGAGGCGGAGCAGUACUCCCGGAGGAACGAGCCUGAUCGUCGUUUCGAUGAUAUGACAGACGGCUACCAAUUCGUCUACAACAUCAGCCGUGCUUACGAGAACAAGAAACGAGUCUUGGAGCUCCUCAACCAACUGGCCGAGACGAGGCACACGCUGGCCAAAGCCGACCCAACUCGCUUCAAAGCCAGUGGCAGUCUCGACAACUGGGUCGAAGGUAUUCCUCGUGAGACUGCCGGUCUUCUCAAGAACAUGGAGCGUAACCUCGUCGCACGGCAAGGCGCUGUACGAGACAGCUUGGCGAUGUUCACGACGAUGAUGAACCACAAGAUGGCUGCCUUUUCGUCCCAGCUUGCAACGGAUGCUCGACGAGACAGCUCGUCGAUGACUACUAUCGCCCUGGUCACCAUGCUGUUUCUUCCAGGAUCCUUCGUUGCGUCGUUCUUCAGCACGCAGUUCGUCAACAUCAUCGAGAGCGACAACGGGACAUCCACUUGGUGGGCUUCUAACGCUGCUACUGGUGUUCGUGUGGACUUGGCUUCAUGGUUCGGCUAG